UGUGAGAUGAUCCCCGAUGAGUACGAGGCCACGACGCAUUACUGGCUAUCGGUGGCAGGCGUCAAUGCCGGGCCAGGGGUUCGAGUACCAGAGCCGGGAGUCUUUGGUCAUACGCAGCCUCAGGCGCGCUACAGUGGUGGGGACCGCAAUGAGCCUACUAUUGAGCAUCAACCACAGCGUCGCAGUGCAAGACAGGAUACUGGCAAGCGCCCGAGAGGACAAGUAGUGGACACCUCAUCGAGCAGCAACCAUCACAAUCAGAGCAUUGGGGGCGAUCACCCCGUAGAUUCUGGUCGAAGGUCUCACAGUCACAGAGCCCCGAGGCCUAGGCACGAGGAUCAGAGUAGAGCUCCUGCACCAUCACAGUGGAGCGAGCAGGAUUGGCAGCGCAUGCAGCACAUGAUGCGCGAGAGUGGAGGACGGAUAGCGAGGAAUGUGGAGGACAGCCUGUUCACGAGGAUUAAGAAUUGGUUCGAGGAGAAGUUGGAUGCUAUGCGUUGCCGAUGCUCGCAUAGCACUGAUGUUCAUGUGCCCAGACCUGCUCCACGAUCUCACUCUGACAGGAGACGCGAGCCCGAGCCCGAGUCCGAUCCGGCGCAGCAUACAUCCUCAGAGGCCCCAUCGCAUCACCGAUCCCCUGCACACGAGUCUCCUGCAUGAGAGGCGGGACAUACUACUGGUGAUGGCAUGCACACCCCGCAGUGGCAGCAUGAUCCGUUUGGCGGCUCGACUAGUUUUGGGGAUGUGCAGACUCCGCACAUGGGUGUCCACCACUUGCCCACAUUCGGUGCGUCGAGUUCUUAUGGUGGGCCACGCUACUCGUGGGCUGAGCAGGGCACGAAUUCAGCAUACCCGCCUGAGCCGCCUCGUUCUUCUAUGCCGAUCCUUAGAGAUGGUAGAUAUUCUCAGGCAGAGAUGCACGAGUAUUGGAAGCAGUAUAGUGGGGGAGUUUCUGAGGCAGUAGCUGCUGUUCCCCUCAGUAUUUGUGCACCAGAGGUUCCACGCAAAAGCCAGCGACAACGGAACCCGUCUGCUGCACUUCGAUCACCAUACGUGCACAGCGCCGUGCCGAGACCCGUCGAGCAAUAGUAUGUUGACGGGUUUGAGCGUAUGAUGGAAGCUGGCCGCCGUGGACACUACCAGCCGGUGGUAGUGGCAGAGAGCAAGCACCCUCUCCCAUAUAACUUUUGGACCGGGAUGCAAAACACGAGGACUAACCUCACGAGCAAUGUUGGUUAAUUUCUGAAGCAGUUUUUAUCAUGCAAGUCUGUUUACUUAUUACUAACAUUUAAGUACGUGCAGGCUGUUGAUAUGUACAUGAUGACGAUGAGAUCGAGGUUGAUUGCGCGUGCUGACUUGAUAGACGGUGUUGAUCAGAGGACCACUAUCAUAUUGGAUACAGAAUUAUUCAAAUAUUUGGAUGAUGAAUUCAAGGAGUUGCUGUCAGCAUGGCAUACUAUGUUUCCCUCGAAGGCAGAAGGACGGCUUUCGAGGUCCGACACAGUUUAUUCUUCAUGGGUACCGCAUCCCAAGAAGAUGUAUCUGGUGUAUGGGCAUGGGGUAUCUUCGACUCAUGGCGAUUGGAUGCAUGCC